AUGGCAGACGAAAACGACACUCAGUCUAUUGGCUCCUUGGGCCAGCCUCACCCUAUUGCGCGUUCCGACUCUUCGACGUCGUCAAGUCCUUCCGAUCUCAACGAGUCCAACGAGCACGUCAUCCAGCAACCCAUCCCAACUCGUCCUCGUUUGCCCACCCGAAAGAGCAGUGGGCCGUUGGUAGUACCUCGCGACAGUUCCGCCGUUGGGCCUGUGGAAUCAGAGUUCGGACCAGAUGACGUCAGGGCAAUGAGUCCCCGGCGAACGAGCGAGGAUCUAGACAAGAUGGGCAAGCAGGCUCGGGAAGAGAUGCAAAGACACGCAAAGGCUCUUCAGGAUUCCCUCCUCACAAUCUUCAACCGCAUCGAAGCGGUGCGCGAGGAGCAUGAUAAACUCAACAACAACAAUAAGUUCUUGCAGAAGUACAUUGGUGACUUGAUGAGCACCAGCAAAAUCACUGCCUCGGGAAGUCGAGGAAAGAAAUGA